AUGGCUGCCAAAAUCCUUACGACUCUGCUGAUCCUUUGCAUGGUCUUCGUGGAAAACUCGCAGUGCACUUGUCCCAAUAGUGUUUGCGAAGUGGUUGUCAACACGAGUCCUCAAUGCGUUAACAAGGAUAUCAGAGGGCAGUGCGUCUGCGAUUUUACCUGCACGAAAUGGUCAAGGCCCUGCAAUUGGGUGCUUACUUGUCCCGAGGAGAUCCAGAACAUUAACCAGAAUUAUCGCAAGGACAAGAAUAAGCUAUUUAUUUUCAGAUUGCCCAAUCGAAGCCACAGGGAGUGCAUGGAGAUCAAUCAUAGAUCAAGAAAUGGAGACAACUGCUGCGAGCAGUUCUGUCGUGGUGAUAUCACUGUUGAUGCUUGCUUUUAA